CCGCCCAGAGCUUUGUCACAUCAUGUCUGCCAGUGUGAUGGCAACCGCCAUCCUCAGCAUCUGGGCCGCAAGCUACGCUCCAGAGAUCUUGACGACGACUCCAGAAGUCCUACCCGUCGUCAAGUCUGUGCCAGAGGUCUCGUCUGACCUCCCUGAGCCUGGUCACGUCAUGUCUUCUAGCGUGCUGGCGAUCGCCAUUCUCAGUGUGUGGGCUGCACACUCAGCUCCAGAGGUCUCAUCUGUUCGCCAGCCAACUCCAGAGCUCCCGUCUGAUCUCAAGCCUGCUCCAGAGCUCCCGUCUGAUCUCAAGUUUGCUCCGGAGGCCCUGUCUGACCACGAGACAGACCCAGAGGCCUCACCAGUUGGAGAAGCCGCGCCAAUGCCUCCUGAGGUGUCAGCUUCGGCUGUAGGUCCUCCUAGGGAGGCGGCGUUCUGCCUCAAACUCUCUGCUUCUCCCCUUAUUCUGUCUGCCUCCUCUGUCUCUACUGUUCCUAGGUCCCAGGCCAUAAAGCGGUUUCCUGCUCCAGAGGUCCCGUCUGGUCCCAAGUCUGCUCCAGAGGUCCCGUCUGACCUCAAGUCCGCCCCCGAGGCCUUCCCCGUAGGAGAAGCUGCGCCAAUGCCUCCAGAGGUGUCAGCGUCAGCUGUGGAACCUCUUAUGGAGAGGGCGUUCACCUCAAUACUCUCUGCUUCUCCCCUUCUUCUGUCUGUCUCCUCUGUCCCUGUUCUCCCCAGAUCCCAGACCGUAACGCGGGUUCCUGUUUUUCCCCGGAGGGCCGCUCCGCCUCCUGCUCUGCCCCGGAGGACUGCUCCACCUCCAGUUCCGCCCUGGAGUACGCCUGUGCCUCAUGCUCCGCUCUGGAGGACCCUUGCCCAGCCGCCACUGCUCUUACCAUUUGCACCAAUCACGGACAGUAUAAAUACCCUGGUCUUCCUGUCACCCCUCGCCGAGUAUUGA